CCCAGUCAAGUGCCCGAUCGCUCUGGAGGCCUGGCGAGGGCACCGGCUGCUUGAACUUCUGGAAGACCGCCUUCUAGCCUCCGAAGAGCUGUAAGAAGUUGGAUGAAGAAGUGCUUCCAUGAUUGACUUCCUGUAUAAAUCUGUAGUUUCCUGAUUCUACUUCGUAUCCUAUAAUCAUGGACUUGUUUAUAUGACCUUCCCAGCCCAUAACAGAUCAACUGGCCAGUUUUCUCAUUUUUCUUGAAGAUUAAUUAGUUACACUGGAUAUGCUGCUCUUCUUUAUUUUGGGAUUGCUUGUACAUUUUGUGUUCUUCGGCUCCAUCUUUGAUAUUUAUUUUACAUCUCCUUUGGUUCAUGGAAUGACUCCUCAGUUUACACCAUUACCUCCUCCAGCAAAAAGAUUAGUACUGUUUGUUGCUGAUGGCCUGCGGGCAGAUGCACUUUAUGAAUUCGAUGAAAAUGGAAAUCCUAGAGCGCCAUUUAUUAGGAAUAUCAUAAUGCAUGAAGGCAGCUGGGGCAUAUCUCAUACACGCGUGCCAACUGAGUCUCGGCCAGGUCACGUAGCCCUGAUAGCUGGGUUUUAUGAAGAUGUCAGUGCAGUUGCCAAAGGAUGGAAGGAAAAUCCUGUGGGAUUUGAUUCUCUUAUUAAUGAAAGCAAGUACACAUGGAGCUGGGGAAGCCCAGAUAUCUUGACUAUGUUUGCCAAAGGUGUUGGUGGAGACCAUAUUUAUACAUAUAGCUAUGAUGCUGAGAGUGAGGAUUUUGGUGCCCAUGAUGUAACAAAACUAGAUACUUGGGUUUUUGAUCAUGUGAAGGAAUUCUUUCAUGCUGCCAGAAACAACCAAUCUUUGUUUUCUAAAGUAAAUGAAGAAAAAAUAGUCUUUUUCUUACAUUUGUUAGGAAUAGAUACAAAUGGACAUGCUCAUCGGCCAACAUCGAGGGAAUAUAAGGACAACAUUAAAGUAGUUGAUGACGGAAUAAAAGAAAUUGUGUCCAUGCUUGAACAUUUUUAUGGAAAUGAUGGGAAAACGGCAUUUAUCUUUACCUCUGACCAUGGGAUGACAGACUGGGGUUUCCAUGGCGCUGGUCAUCCUUCAGAGACUUUAACUCCGUUUGUCACUUGGGGAGCUGGAAUCAAGUAUCCCCAAAAAGUAUCAGUGCAGAAAUUUGAUGAUGCAUUUUUGAAAGAAUGGAAAUUAGAGAACUGGAAAAGGCAAGAUAUCCAUCAGGCUGAUGUUGCACCACUGAUGGCUUCUCUUAUUGGAGUUCCCUUUCCCCUUAAUUCAGUGGGUAUCCUUCCUAUAGAUUAUCUUAACAACACUGAUCUCUUCAGGGCAGAGAGCAUGUUUACAAACGCAAUGCAGAUUCUUGAACAAUUCAAGGUGAAAAUGACCCAGAAAAAAGAAGCUAUUUUGCCGGUUUUUUUCACACCAUUUAAGUUGCUUUCUGAAUCUAAACAGCUAAACAUUUUAAGAAAAGCAAGAUCAUAUAUAAAGCAGAGAAAGCAUGAUGAAGCAGUCUCCCUUUGCAAGGAGCUGAUUCAUCUUGCACUGAAAGGCUUGUCCUAUUAUCAUACUUAUGACAGAUUCUUCUUGGGUGUCAAUGUUGUUCUUGGUUUUGUGGGAUGGACGUCUUAUGCUUCUUUGUUGAUCAUCAAGUCUCAUUCCAACCUUACCAGAGGUGUCAGCAAAGAAGUUAAGAAACCAAGCCACCUCCUGGCAUGUAGUUUUACAGCUCUUGGUGUUUUAGUAGCAUUUUUCCUUCUGAUUCAAGACUGUCCCUGGACUUACUACGUAUAUUGUUUGUUGCCCAUCCCCAUAUGGUAUGCUGUGCUGAGAGAGUUUCAAGUCAUUCAAGACUUUGUCUUAUCCCUGUUGACCUUUCCUCCAAGUCAGCUGGUUGCCUACCUGUUCAUCUUUACCCUGGGAAUUGAAGUAUUAGUUCUCAGUUUUUUCUACCGCUACAUGCUCACCGCUGGACUUGUAGCUUUCGCGUGUUGGCCAUUUAUCACUCAGCUACGGACUCGAGCAAAGAGCAUCUCACUGAGUUGGAUUUUCUUCUGUUUGCUCCUGGCAGUGUUCCCACUGAUGCCUGUUGUAGGACGAAAGCCAGAUAUCUUUCUAGUAAUGGGUGCUGGCUUGCUGGUUCUCCUGCUAUCCCUGUGUGUUGUAACAUCUCUCUUAAAAAGAAAAGAUCAUUUUAUAAAUGAAGAGCUGCUGUUACAUCUAUUUCAGAUGCUGAGCAUUGUGCUGUCCAUGUAUGUUGUAUAUACGACCCAUGAUAGUUUGCUCAAGAAACAAGGACUGCCUCUUUUUAACCAGAUCAUUAGCUGGAUAACAUUAGCCUCUUCCUUCGUCCUACCGCUGCUGAGUCCGACAAGUAUCUUUGAGCGUCUGUUCAGCAUACUUCUUUCCUCCAUGUCAGCCUACCUGCUGCUAAGCACAGGGUAUGAAGCUCUCUUUCCAUUAGUAUUGUCAUGCUUAAUGUUUGUGUGGAUACAGGUGGAACAAGAAACCCUGCGGCAACCCAGUGUUUCCUAUAAACAGAAGGUCACCAGUCUCCAGUUCACCUGUAGUCCUGAUAUUACCCAGUUUCGACAGCUCUAUCUGGAUGACGUCCGCAGGGCCUUUUUCCUUGUUUUCUUCUUAGUGACAGCAUUUUUUGGAACUGGGAACAUAGCUUCUAUUAACAGCUUUGAUCUUGCCUCUGUCUAUUGCUUUCUGACCGUGUUUAGUCCUUUUGUGAUGGGAGCCCUGAUGAUGUGGAAGAUUUUAAUCCCCUUUGUUCUUGUGAUGUGUGCUUUUGAAGCAGUUCAGCUAACUACCCAGUUAUCAUCAAAAAGGCUUUUUCUCAUGGUUCUCAUCAUAUCAGACAUUAUGGCUUUGCAUUUUUUCUUCUUGGUCAGGGAUUAUGGCAGCUGGCUUGACAUUGGAACAAGCAUCAGCCACUACGUGAUUGUCAUGUCUAUGACCAUCAUUCUGGUGUUUCUCAAUGGCCUGGCACACCUGCUCACAACCAAGAAACUUGAACUCUGUGGCAAACCCAAAAGCCACCUCAUAUGAUACUACUGUCGCCAUCAUUCAACAUCCGGAUCCUGUUUCUCACUCGCCUUUUAAACCAAACUCUUAUCGAGGAUUCUGUAAGAAAAUGGAUAUUGAUAUACAGCAUGUUCUGCUCCUACCAAGAAAAUGAUAUGUAGAAUUCUGAAUUUACAGCUUGUCCGGAAUAAAGGAGCUUCCAUUUUCUUUA